AUAAUCCAUUCAACACCAACAAACGAAAGAAACAAUUCAAGGAAAAAAUACAUUCAAAGACCAAGAAGAGUACUACUUCUAAUAGCAACUAUUUCCACUCUAUAUUAAUUCAAGAAUUCAUGGAGAACUUCCACUACUCAAGAAGAUUACUUUUAUUACCAGCUACAAUACCACAAUACCACCGGGAGGCCAACAUGGCGCCGCCUCCUGCAGCCGAAAUCAGCCACGACGCGACAGAUCUACUAAUUGGGAACAACAACACAUUUGAUGCAAAUGCUAUUAUGGUCUUGGCCGUACUUGUAUUUGCCUUUAUCUGUUCACUUGUCUUGAAUUCUAUCAUAAAGUGUGCAUUAAGGUGCUCCAGCCUAGCAUCAGCGCUAGACUCAUCCUCAAACCAUAGAAACCCUUCAGCCACAAAGCUAGCUAAUACAGGAAUCAAGAAAAAAGCCCUCAACACAUUCCCGAUUGUAACAUAUACCACUGAAUUGAAACAUGCAGGGCUUGACUCUGAGUGUGUCAUUUGCUUAUCCGAAUUUGGAAUUGGAGAAAAAGUUAAGGUUCUGCCUAAGUGCAAUCAUGGGUUCCACGUCAAGUGUAUUGAUAAAUGGCUGAAUUCCCACUCUUCUUGUCCUACUUGUAGGCACUGCCUUAUUGAGACUUGCCAAAAAAUUAUUAACGGCGGGAGUUCUACUAUAGUAACUAAUAGUAGUACUUCAUCAGCAGCAGUUCAAGAAAUCGUAAUAAGGAUUGAGCCUCUCCAACGUGAAGGUGUUACAUCUAACAAUCAAAUUUAGGUAGAAAAAAUAGGAGUGGUAUCUCGGCUAUGUAUAGUUAAUUGAUUGGUAUGUAGCACACACACUCAAUUAGAUCAGAAGCUUAGCUUUUAAGUUGAUACUUAGUUUAAUUAUUUAUUUUGUCUUGUUAGAAAUGUUUUAGCGAGCUAGCAUGAGGCCGAAUCGCCAGUGUAAUUUUCAAAUGAUUCAUUGGACUUGCAAGUGUAUAUAAAAAUUAAACUUUACUUA